AAAAUUUGCUUUACAAAUUUAUGUUUUUAUCUGUCGCUCGCUCUAGAAUAUCUGGUUAUCUGAAAAAUAUUCUCUUUAUUUCCCCUUCAAUUUUGAUUCAUGGAUUAACAUUUUUAACGUAAAAGGGAAAAUUUAUGGGAUAAAAAUGUAGAAUGUAUCUUUAAGUGAAUAUCGAAGAAUGAAAGUUCGAGAGCUUCCUUCUGAUGUUAUAAAGAAAAUAAGGUCUGAUGUAGCAUUUACAACUGUUGCUCAAUGUGUGGAAGAGCUUGUGUUGAAUUCUAUUGAUGCUGAUGCAAAAUGUAUUGCUGUUCGCUUGAAUCUUGAGCAAUACAAAAUACAAGUUGUUGACAAUGGGCAUGGUAUUUCUGCUGAAGAGUUACAACUGGUGGGAGAAAGGUAUGCAACUAGUAAAUGCCAUACAAUUGAAGAUUUAAAUUCCCUCAAAUAUGCUGGUUAUAGAGGGGAAGCAAUUUCUAGCUUAAAAAAUGUUUCCUCAAAUUUAAUGAUUGAAACCCGAGCUGCUGAUUCUGAAAAAACAUUUUGUAAAAUAUUUACCCUUGGUAAUAAUGACAAAGUAUGCCCCUCUUUAAACCAAAGAGUAAGUAAAGGAACGACUGUCACUGUUUUUGAUUUUAUGUAUAAUAGGCCUGUAAGAAAAAAUACAAUAUCUGAAGCUUUAGAUUUAGAGGAAACUCGCAAAUUGUUGCAGAGCACUGCUUUGAUGCACCCCCAAAUUUCUUUUUCAUUAUUAAAUGAAGUUAGUGGUGCUACCAUUCUCCAUUUCAAAAAAUGUUCUUCUACAGAGUCUGCUUUUAUGCAGCUAUUUGGUCGAGAGAAAGCGAAGAAUCUCAAGUCUAUUGAUGAGAAAUUUGAAGAUUAUCGGAUCAAUGGAGUUAUCAGCAUGGAUUGUUUUUUAAACAGGGAAUUGCAAUUCUUGUAUGUGAGUAAACAGCCAAUAUUAAGAACUAACAAUCUUCACAAAUUGAUUAAUCGAACUUUAUGCAAGUUCCUAUGUGCUAAGCAAAAAAGCCGACAAGAAAGCAUCUCUACCCCUAACAUUUCAAGUCCUUCCAAAACUCAAGCUCAAUAUUGUGCAUUUGUCAUCAAUAUUUCAUGUCCUUUAAAUAAAUAUGAUUCCAUGUUUGAUCGGAGGCAUAAAGUGGUCGAAUUUUCUGAGUGGGAUAAAAUUUCAGGAUUCAUUGAAAUGUCAAUCUUAAAACUUCUUAAAGUUAGAGAUUUCAUUUUUGAUGGAGAUGAAUCUUCUGAUUCAGCACAUCUUCAAAACCAAAAUGACUUAACUUCAAAACUUGGGGUUGAUAACUACAAAAAAGGUUUAUUUUCUCAUACUGCUAAGCGGUAUGAUGUCGUUAUAUCUUUUGCAGAUAAAUCUAAUGCAAUCUCUGAUAAACGAAAUAUUGCAAAAAGUAAUAAAUCAUCUAAUUUUUUGUGUGUAGAAGAGGAAAAUAAUCUGAUUAAAAGAUUGCAAUUUAAUGAAGGGGAUUCGAAUUCCCAAAAAUUUAUUUGCUUAAAAAAGAAUUCACCAUGCAAGUCAAUUCUUGAUGAUCUUAAAUUAACUUGUAAAACUACUCUAACUAAUAACAAGCAAAGGAAUAAGGAAAAAUAUAUUCAAACAGCUGCAAAUAUUGUUCCAGUUCCAAAGAUGUCUGUACAACCUAAUAUUGGUAUUGAUAUUCCAUCUCGAAAAGUUUUUCCAACAAAAAGUCCUGUAAUGAUGCGAGUACCUAUUAAAAGUAAUUUGUCAUUGUUGGAAAAAGACAAUUCUAUAUUACAAAAGUUAAGAGAAAAGUACUGUUAUAAUCCCCCAAAGAUGAAACAGAUGACUAGUUUCCCACCAAAAUCUAGCGAAGAAAAUGUUGAAAAGCAUGAACACUCUUCAAUAAAAAAUAAAGUAAUUGGACAUUCUAAAUUUGAUAAAACGAUUGAUAUUUCUCAACCAUUAGAUGCUAAAGUAUCCCAAAGAGUUGCAUCAAAGUUUACGUUUUCUGAUGAUUCCAAUUUAUCACCUUUAAAACGCUUUCGGCGAACUAAAACGAAACAACCAAAAAAUGAAAUUAUAAAAGUGCUUACUAUGGGUGACAUUUCAGACCAUGAAUUAGCCAACAAUAUGUCUCCACUUGUGGCAAACUUAAAGGAAAGAUUGGAAACAACCAAGACUAUCAAUUUCCAUUCUCAUUGUAUGUCUGAUGAAAAAGAUGAAACUCACACUGACAAUCCCGUUUCAAAUUUAAGAAAAAGAUUACCAGAAUUUCCCUUAAACACUUUUAAUGAGGAUAUAAAUAUGACCAGUCCAUCUAAAAUUCAACGACUCAACAAACAUGAUAAAACCAGUUCGCAUUUUAAGGAUUUUGAAGAUCGUUCCAGAAUCAGUUCUAGUCCUAAUUCCUCACAAUAUUCUAAAUUGAAUCGAACGUGUUUGCUAGAAGAAUUUAUGCCUAGGAUAAAUUUGGAAACAAAUCAACUCAUGAACAAUGAUGCUUCAGUAAUUGAUUCGAACAACUUACCAAACAUUGCUCAAAAUGGUGUUUAUAAUUCUGUAAUUUGUGCUAAUGAUUCAGAUUUCUUAACGACAACUACACCAAAAGAUCUUAAUAAACACUAUUCUCGAAUUGAUUUUCAUGAUAAAAGUUCCACUGACACUACAAGCAGUAAUUCUUUGGAAGUAAAUAAUUUUAGAAGCCAUAGAAAAAAAUUUCUUUGGAGUGAUAGUUCAUCUGUUAGUCUUUCAAAACCUCACAAUUCUAUUUGUUCAAGUUUAUUACCAAUCAAUGAUGGUGUUUUGGAGCAUAAUUCAAUUUGUGAUUUAGAAGUAUCAUUCAACAGUGCUGCUCAUAGUACUUUAGAACAUAAUUCAAUUAGGGAAUUAGAAAUACCGUUCAAUCAUUCUUGUAUUAAUACUCAGAAAUCUAACUCAGUUAGUGAAUUCAAAUUGAGAUGUAAUCGAAAUGAUGUAUCAAAUGAAGGCAAUUCAUUAGAUAUGGUUGUACAAUAUGUCAAAUCUAGCACAUUUUAUAAUUCAUCCCCACCAAAACCUAUGAAGGAGGCUUUGAUAAGUUCUUCAAAUUCCUCAAGUUCUUCGAAUCCUGAAAUUUCAAAUGCAAUUAAAGCAUCAUCAGAAAUUUUAUCAAAUGUGUCUUUACCUCAAGUGAUAAAAAUACCGAUUAUAACAACUAAAUCUAAGAAACCAGUAAAAACCAAAGAUAAAUUAGAAGUUGAACAAUUUAAUAGCGAUGAAAUAUUUUCCCUUCAUGGAAAAAACUCAAAUUUAGAUUUCCAUGAAUUUGAAGGAGAUGAAAGUCAAAUUUCCUUUGAAUGUCAGAAUAAACUUUUAAAUAAUAAUUCUGAAAUUGAAAUAAUUGAUCAGUUUGAGGGCUCUAAUGUUUCGGAAAAUUUAAGUGGCUCUCUAAAAAAAAGUGCAAAUCAUGGACAUAUAGAAGUAGAUCCAGAAAAAAUUAAUUUUAAAUUAAAUGAUGAACCUUGCUCUGUUAUUAAUAUGCUAGAUAACAAAAAUAAUGUUGAAAAGGGAAAUCGUUGGGUUUGCCAAAUUGAUAAUGAAACUAAGAGAGUUAGUUAUGUUGAUACUGUUACUGGAAAUUCCACUUACGUGAUGCCGCAACUGUUACAAGAAGAAUCUAAAACCUUGGAAGAGACUGUUGGCUUCAAUAAUGGUACUAAUAAGAAGCACUUUUUUCUCACACAUGAUUUUUCACCUUUUGUUAAAAGCCUCAACAGCCCCAUCACUGAAAAAGAUGAUUGUGAUAAAGAUAUUACUGUCUUACAAUCUCAUUUAAAUUCAUGUAUGAAUGAGAAGGACAAAAAUGAGAUGAAUUUGAAAUGGCGUCAUUUUAAAGAAACAGAUAAUAAUAUCCAGGAUUUGUUUAAUAAAUGGGAAAACCCAAUGUUUGAAGUUCCAUCAGAAGCUGUUUCUGCAGAAGAUCCAAAAAUUCUUCAAUCAUUGUCUCAUAUGUAUAUUAUAAAUUCUUAUCGUUUCACCAAAGCUACUUUAAAAAGUUUAAAAGUCAUUGGCCAAGUUGACUGCAAAUUUAUAGCUUGUCUCUUAGAUGAUUUCAAUGAAGUUAAUGAAGAUCAAAAGUUGUUAGCUUUAUUUGACCAACAUGCUGUUCAUGAAAGAAUUCGAUUGGAAGAGUUAGUAAAAGAGCUUUAUGAGUUAUCAGAUGACGGUGAGAAGAUUGUUAAAUCAAUAACAAUUAGCCCAGUUCUUGAAAUUACAUUGGACGAAGAUGAAGUUAGAUUACUGAGUACUUAUCAAAAGCACCUGACUGCCAUAGGAAUAAAACUGUCUAUUAAAAAUGAAUCUGACAUUGAAGUCUCAUCUAUACCUUCCUGUCUUAUUGAUCAGAAUACUAAUAAACUAAAACGAAGCAUAUCUGAAAUAUCAACUAUUAUUGAGAAAUCAAUUAAAGAAUGGCUUUUAUCUCUGACACAAAACAGGUGCAAAUCAAGUGUUCUACCCAAGACACUAUCUAAUGUUUUGAACUCUCAAGCAUGUAGAGGUGCUGUGAAAUUUGGGGAUCCUCUUACUCUAUCAGAAUGUGAGAACUUAUUAUUAUCAUUAUCAGAGUGCAAGUUGCCUUUUCAGUGUGCUCAUGGCAGGCCUUCAAUUGCACCACUUCUAGAUCUCAACAAAAUUGAUAGAUUGAAUAGAAAGAGACCAUGUCCGCAAUUAAAGAAACUUAGAGACCUUGAAGGAGAAACAUUGCUCACAUGAACUUUAAAUCUGCAACCUCAAUUUUAGGUCAUAAUAGUAACUUUAUUGACAUUUUUUAAAAAUAUUUUAAUUUAGUCCUUGUGCUGUUUGUCAAGAUAUGUUAACAAAAAUAUUAUAUUAAAAGAAUUGCUAUGUAUAACACAUAUGUUUAAGUUGAAUGAGAAAUAUUCAUAUUGUAUCUAUUACCUAAUUAGAUAUUAUUUUUUUAAAAAAUUAUCCUAGCAUUUUCAGAAAUAACAAUUAAUUUCAAACUCAAAUAUUCCUUUCAAUAUUUU